GGGAAGGUGAAUCAGAUGAAUAUAUUGUGAUUCAUUCCAGUUGUAUUUAUUAUUGUUAAAAAGUAGUCACUUUUUAAGAGUUAGAGUGGAAAUCCUAGCAUAUGCAUUAAAUGUAAAAGUAUUUGCUACCAAAACAUUUAGUAUGUCAGACGUUGUAAUGUGAAAAAUCCUAAUGUGGGUUAAAUAUUCUUUUAUCAAUUUGUUCGAUUUUAGUGAAGUGUAGUGUAGCUUUAGUUGAAAAAUGCCAUUCGACUUUUUGUGUUGUGUUAGACCUGGUGUAGAAGAUAUAGUGGAAUUAGAUUAUUCUCACCAUUCAUUAACGGAUGUGCCGACGGAAGUGUUUGUCUACGAGAGGACUCUCGAAACGCUAUUAUGUCAAAGCAAUCGUAUCACCGAAUUACCGCGUCAGCUUUUUAUGUGUCAUGGCUUAAAGUAUUUAGAUCUGAGUGACAAUGAGCUUCAGGCUAUCCCCACAGCCAUAUCGUCGUUGGUUAACUUACAGCAUUUGAACCUAAGUAGGAACACCUUAGCAUCCAUACCGGAUAACAUGAAAUCAUUAAAAAAUUUGAUGUUUCUAGAUCUUAGUGUAAAUCCAUUAGAAAAAUUACCAGAAACUAUCACGAACUUAAUAGCAAUGCAAGAUUUAUAUUUAAAUGAUACAUAUCUAGAGUAUCUUCCUGGUAACUUUGGCCGUCUCGCAAAUUUACGAAUACUGGAACUAAGGGAUAAUUAUCUUAUGAUCCUUCCUAAGUCAUUGUCAAGAUCAACUGACCUUUUAAGAUUAGAUAUAGGUCAAAAUGAAUUUCAACAAUUUCCUGAGGUAAUUGGAAGAUUUUCCAAGUUAAAAGAACUUUGGAUUGAUAGCAAUAGCUUUACAAUAAUUCCAGCCGUCAUCAAACCAUUGGACAACUUAAUACACUUAGAAGCAAGCAAUAAUAUGAUUGAAGAGUUAGCACCUGAAAUUGGUUACUGCUCCCGUCUUGAAGAUCUUACUUUAUCAGUGAAUAGUCUCACACAACUUCCGGACACUAUUGGACAGUUAAGUAAUUUAACAGCCCUAAAGUUAGACAAUAAUAGACUUUACAGUAUACCAGAAAGUAUAGGUCAGUUAAAAAAUUUAGAGGAGCUUAUGUUAAUGAGUAAUUAUAUUGACAAACUACCGUCUUCCAUUGGUCUCUUGAGAAAACUACAAUAUUUAAAUGUUGAUGAAAACAUGUUAAGGGUUAUUCCUCCAGAAAUUGGGAGUUGUGCAAAGUUAUCUGUUCUGUCAGUCCGUUCUAACAAGUUAACAAAAAUUCCACCCGAAAUUGGACAUCUAACUUCUUUAAGGGUUCUGAAUUUGGUAAGAAAUUCAUUGAGCUAUCUUCCCCAAUCCUUGUUGAAUUGUGAUAACUUAGUAGCCCUUUGGCUGUCUGAAAAUCAAAGCAAACCAUUAGUGCCUAUGCAUUCUGAAGUAGAUCCAAAUACUUAUGAACAAGUUCUGACCUGUUUCCUCUUCCCUCAAGUGCCUUUAACUCCCAUUGACAUUAAAUUGGAGAAUGUGAAGUCAGAAGCACAAAGUGUUCCUCGUCAUAUAAGCUUUGUGGACAUGAAACCAGCUGUAAAGACCAAUGAAAAGCCUGGCCAGUUGAGAAGAGCACCUACACCUUAUCCAAAAGAAUUAAGAGCUAUGGCAAAACAUGCACGAAAUAUUCAUAAAGAUGGCACACAGGACGUACCCCCACCUAUGCAGAAUGCAGUUCAUAUCAAAGCUGCCAAAAUAACCCCAACUUUGCAACAGAGAUUUGCUUCUGAUAACAAAACUGACAUAAAUAAUAUAAAUCCUGACAGUUGUAAUGUCCAAGAUCCAAUGAAAGUAUCUGUCUAUGAUAAUUUACCACCUGAAAAUACAUAUGACAAGCCUUUAGACUUAAACUAUGAGGAAGACAAGACAUAUAAGAGUGUGGAUCAUGCUUUAUAUUCUGAUAAUAACACUGAAACCAUAUCAUAUAAAGAUGAAAAUGUGGACACUUGUGGAUUAGGUCCAUCACAUUAUGCCAUUAAACAGAAUGAAAGAUAUUCUCCUCGGCAAGAAAUCACCAGAUCCAGUUCUUCGUUAGUGUCUAACAAUUACAGAAGUCAUGCACAUGAAAAUAAAAAUUAUCCAAUGUCUGGUGAGCAUUCAUAUCAAUGUUCUGAUGAUACUUGUAAUCAGAUACAGAGACUAAGUGUUAGUUCUCAUGAAAGGCACUCCAGAGAAGAAACAAUACUGAGUCCUCAAUUUCAUGAAAACUCAUAUGGUACAAGGUGUAGGAUUGAUAACUUACCACAUUUUGAGCCCAUGUAUGCAAGGAAAGAGUCAGUGUGCCAUCCAGAAAACAAUUACCACACUAAUACCUACACAAGCGAUGCCUUGCCUUGUGGUUCAGAAAAAAUUUAUCCCCCCAAAAACUAUGAUGUAUUUAAUUAUCAUCCCCAUGUAGGCAGGGAUUUAUCAGCCCCAAGAGUCCAUACCGUGAGUCACAUGGUUAGUUCAACAACUAUGCCUAAUAUGUGUAAUUACAAUAACAUGUACCCCCCUCCCAAUGUUGAUACGAAUCAUUAUAAUGCAUUGCACCAAACUGCAUCAACUAACUGCAACAUAUAUGAUAUGUCAGCAUCAAGUCCAACUUAUGUUCAAUCUCAAUCUCCAGAGCUUUAUUCACCUACUGGUCACACAAAUGCUACAAAUCCAUAUCGCAUGACAAACACACCUCUCAUAUCCGACGAUGGUAGCUUUCCACAUGUACAACCUAUAUCUAGUCAUAAUAUGUAUGAGAUAUAUGAUGCUAUGCCAGCUUCAUCGAAUACACCUAGUGUUGUAAGUCAUCGACAUAGUCCAAGUGGACUUUCAGAGACUGUAUACAUGAGAGGUCAACCCCCACCUUACCAUAUUGCUGCUCCUUAUACAAAACAUGCUCAAUACUUUAAUGGUACUGGGGGAUAGCAUUACAUGUAAUAUACACCUUAAAGUUUUGUGACUGACUUUUGAAACUUUUUUUUAUAUACACAUACAAUUUUAAUUUAAUUUACUUCUCUUGUGUACUACUGUUCUCUGGAUGUGCAAUUUAAAUGUGAUAAAUAUAUAAUAUGAAAAAUUAAUAUAAUAUAAGGUGCUAAAAUGGAUCAUUAAUGUUAUCCAGAUGGAUAUUUUAAAAGCAGUUAAUGUUCAAACGAAAAAAUUAUAAUAAUAUGUAUAUUCAAAAAGAGAAUGUUGUAGGUACUAUAAAGUACAAUUUGUAACAACUAUGUUGUUUGUUAUAUUAAUAUUCUGAAAUUGAUUGUAAUGUGAAGUGUCCUGGUGUGUUUUUAACUAAAUAACUAUAAUUUUACUAUUGAUACAUAUUAACUGAAUAAGAGUAAUGCAUAAAUUUUAUGUAUUGUAUAGAAAUAUUUUCUUACCCUUUUCUUAAGUGCAAUUAAGGACCACUGUACGAACAUUUCUCCUCUUUAGGUAAAUGUUACAAUACAUAUAAUGCAUUUUAUUAUGUUAUAUUUUAUCUAUGCUCUCUAAAGGGUUCUACUUCAUAUAAGGUGCUCAAGUUCCUAAAGGGAUUAAAGAACUUGUAACAACACUGAAUUCUGCACAUUCUUUUGCUCUAUGUUCCUAAAUUCUACAAUAUCUAUUUUAUAUUCUAUUUUUCGUAUUUUAUUACAAAGUAUUUUAUCAAUAUUUAUUUUAUUACAUUAUAGUUUUAUGCUCAACACCAAUUUUACUUUCUAACAGAAUGAAUGCUUUGUGAGCUAUGUAUAAUUUUUGUAUCGGUAAAUGAGGGUAUCGUAUCUGAAUUCUAAUGUACUUAAGUUAUUUUUAAAAAAUAUUAAGGGUUUGGAUAACCUCUUCGAAGAUAGAAAAUGUCAAAGAGUUAUGGCGGCAAAGUAUAAAAAUUAAUAAAAUAAAUUACGUCAUGUAAAAAAGUCUUUGAAGUGUAUAGUAAACUAUAUUUUUUUUAAAAGAAAUAACUUUAAAUAAAAAAUAAAAACUGUAUAUCACACUGGAGUUUGUUGCAAUUUUUAACGUCUAUAUGUUAAAGGAAAGUGAAAAUAUUAAUACGUAAUAUAAUAAGAAUGACAUUGUAUGUACAUUUACAAUAUCAUUUUUAUCUAAUAGCAAUCAUAUGAAUAAUCACAUUUUACAACUAAUAUUAACAUUCAUGUUAAGAUAUGUAUUAAUUAAUUAUAUAUUUUCCAUCAGAAUUUAUUAUGUGUGUGAUUACUGUAAUGUAAAUAACUUUGUUUAAUUAUGUGGCGCUGACACAUUAGCUGUCAUAAACUUGUUAUCAUUAGAGAACAGAAGAAAGUUAAUUUUGCUUUGGACGUAUACGUUCAACUUCUGCGGUCCAUCAUCUACGAGUUGUGAUUAAAAAAGAUCGCCUCGACCUAUUCCGUGUAUUUCCGCUUGACCUAUUUGUAUGAAAAGAUAUAGGUUACAGAAUUAACAAGGCUAUUUGUUUAUUUUACCUUACCUCUGAUUUAUAAAAUUAUUUUUCGGUUCAUAAUUCUAUAUCAAUUCUAUUUUUAAUAUUACAAAGCUUGAUGUUCUUGUUCUUAAACAAGAGCUUAUAAGUAAUUUAUCGCAAUAAUAAUAUUAUAUUAAAAUUUAUUUUGACCUUGGGGCCAUUUAAAAUGUAUAAUUGUAUGUCUUACAAAAUUUGGAAAUAAUAACUAAUGUUGACGAUUACGUCUUUAAAUUUGUCUUAAACGUAUACACGUGGCUUAAAGUCUAGUACCCUUGGUAGCAAUAUUCAUCGUAAAAAAUAUCGACAAAAAUUAAUUACAGAACAACUUUAAACAGUCUGUGCUAAAGCUUUUGAUGCCAAUUCGUACUGAGGGUACCGUUUAAUUAACUAAUGUAGAUAGAUGAAUACGAUUAAGUAUUAAGCACCAUAAGCUCCGAGUCCGACUAUGAAUUCUUCAUUAGGUUCCCAUUAUGCAAGUGUAAUACGUAAUACAUAACUUAUUUGCUCCGUUGUGAAUUUAAAACACAACACUUUCUAAAGACUGAAAACUAAAAACAUAUCAUUUAGCAACAGACUAUCUAUUUUAUUAAUGCGUACAUACCUAAGUGCGUUUCUUAUGUUUUGUAAUUAAUAAUUAUUAUAUUUUGUUCCCAUCUAUUUGCUACUCUUUAUCACUUGAACUUUUAUCUAUAAACCUUAUAAAUUUCGUCCACUUCAUCCGCCCAUUUGUUAAAGUUUAAUUGCUCUUUCUGAAGAUUGUACUAAACUUUCAUCUUACUUUAUUAUAAAUUUAUUGAUAAGGGUUUUGAAGAAGAAAAUUGACAUAUGCAUAAUAAAGUUACACAAAUUUUGCAAUUUUUAGCAAUUUUAUUCCAGACUGCCAACCUCUAUCGCCAUUUUGUUUUUGUUAAUGAAUAAUAAAAUAUAAAAAGUGGAUCAAAAUGACUGCAUGACAGUUGAUUAUUUUGUUGUAUGUUGAAGUUAUAUUUAUGAAGCUUUUAGACGUUACAUGUGGAUAUUGGAGGAAAAUAUAACAAGAUACAUAUUAAAAUUAUAAUAAAAUAAAUAAUUAUAUAGUGCAAAUUAGAGUAAAAGUGUAUAACUAAUCAAAUUCAUAGUUAUCAUUAUAUUAUAAAAUAACAUCAUUUCGUAUAGAUAAUAUAAAAUAGUAUUAACUUUUGAAACUGUCGUUUCAAAGGGAUUGUAAGAUCGGUAUUAUUUUCAAUUUUUUUUUUUAGUUACAUCUUCAAUUAAUUUAUUUUAAAGAGAAUAUGCACACAGCAUGCUAUGUACGUGCCACAUUAUCAUUUCUACCUCAUUUGUGAAAUGCCAAAUUGCAAAUACUCACUUUAGUGGUAAUUUUUAUUUUUGUAAUUUGGAUUUAUUUUAAUUGCGGGAUGUGAAAAUCAUUGCUUAUGAGAAAAAUAUUUUUGAUUUGAGUGAUUGUAUAGAUAUGAUUUUAUCAUGUAACAACACAUUGAAUUACAAUUAAUACUAAAAUAAUAUUUUUUUUUAAUAUUUUUCUAUUUUAUUUAAUAUUGUAAAGGAUACAAAUGGUUGUAUUUGUAAAGUGUUCCAUGUUUUCGAGUAUUGUAAAAGAAAUCGGAUUGCGAAUAAAAUUGCCUAAUACGUAAAAUCACAAAAAUUACAGAACUGAAUUUUAAAGAACGCAAUAUUUUUAUACUCUAUAUUCCGUUGUCAAUACUUUAACUUCUUAACAUUUAUUGUACUAAGUGUUAAAAACGCGUAUUAAUAUGUAUAAAGUUAUUUAUAGAGGUUAAAAGAAUAAUAAUGUAAUAACUGUAUUUUAUGACAUCAAGGGAAAAAAGAGAAGAAUGUUGUAAUAUUAUUUAUUAUUUUCUAUAAAACCAAUGUUAUUCGAUUGGAACGAAAAAUAGGCACAAUUAAACUUCUUUUCUACGAAGUCUUCUUCGUAUGUAGUGAUUCAAUAAGAGAAAUUAGAUAUUCCUAAUAACUUUACUGUAUUCACAUGUUGUAGUUUAAAACAACACUUAGAAAAUUGAAUAUUUAAAUACAGAGUAAGUGUGAAUUUGUUAGCAUAUUAAAACUGAAUUGUAAAGAAGAAUAGUUAUGUUUUUACACAGUAAUGCCCUAAAUAUUGUAGAAUGUCAAUAAAUUGUUUGAAAUUUAA